AUGGACGGCAAGAAAUUGCGAUCGCGCGAAAGAGAACUUGUGCGACAACUUCAGAGCUUCACACAAGCAAACGAGAAAACAUGUAUCUACUGCCUAACGAAACACAACUGGCGGCUUGAACUCGCCUUAGAUCAAUACUUCUCAAAUCCAGCUGCCUAUCAUCAACCGGGUUCUUCAUCAUCCUCGAGGUCAUCUUCUUCAUCAGGUGCAGACAACAAGAAAAUCAAAGCACUAUACGACCAGUACAAAGAUCCAAGCGAUCCCUCAAAAAUUGGCCUCGACGGCGUCGAAAAACUCUGCAACGAUCUUGAACUAGACCCUUGUUCUAUCACAGUCCUCGUUCUCUGUUGGCGACUAAGGGCGGCAACGCAGUGUGAGUUUUCACAGAAAGAGUUUUGCGAAGGCAUGGAGAGUUUACGCGUCGACGAUGUCAAGAAACUCAAAAAAGUGCUGAUCAAACUAGAGCAGGAACUGGACAAUCCACGCUUGUACAAAGACUUCUAUCUCUACACUUUCCAGUACGGCAAAAACGAAGGGCAAAAGUCACUCGAGGUCGACAUUGCACUGGCGUACUGGGAAAUAGUCCUCAAAAACCGUUUCACCCAUCUUGAUCUUUGGCUGCAAUUUGUUCGAGAAAAUCACAAACGAGCAAUCACAAAAGACACCUGGUCCCUCCUCCUUGAUUUCUCCAUCCAAAUCGACAGGUCCAUGUCGAACUACGACGAAGAGGGCGCAUGGCCGAUUCUGAUCGACGAAUUCGUCGAGUGGGCAAAACCGAAGCUGAUGCUCUGA